AUGUGUGCCGACAGAAUCAAUAGAAUAACGCCAUCUCCCAUCAGCGGAUUCCCGGAAUGGACGCCAGCCGAGCGCCUGCUCGAACAGCGGAUGAUUGACCAGAUUCGCGCGGCGUUUGAGCGCUAUGGAUUCUCGCCAAUUGAGACACCUGCCGUCGAGCGCAACGCCGUCUUAACUGCGAAGGGCGGGGCGGAGACGGAGCGACAAAUAUACAGCCUUACGGGACUUCACCCUCAGUCGGGAGGCGACGCUAGAGACUACUCGCUCCACUUCGAUCUGACGGUACCGCUCGCAAGGUACGUCGCACAGCACAAUAACGAGUUGGUAUUUCCGUUUCGCCGCUACCAGAUUCAGAAAGUCUGGCGCGGCGAACGCCCGCAGCACGGACGAUUUCGUGAGUUUACGCAGUGCGACAUUGACAUCGUGGGGGACGGCAAGCUCAGCCUAAUGGCCGACGCCGAGAUUCCCGCCGUCAUAUCCACUGUGUUCACCAGCCUCGCCAUAGGCGACUUCACUAUCAGGAUCAGCAACCGCAAGAUUCUGACCGGAUACCUCGAGCAUCUGGGCUUUGACGAAAGCGAGUCCUCGCUGAUUCUGCGAGAAGCCGACAAAAUUGACCGUCAGGGAACCGGGCCGUUAUUGCAGGCACUUGACGACCUGCCAAACGGCAAUGCCGCGACAAGCGACAUACUCGUGCUCGUGCAGAUGAGCGGCAGCCCUGCAGAUGUCCUAUGUGCACUCGAACUGAUAGAUGGCGGCGACCGAUUCCGACAGGGUGUGGACGAACUGAAAGCGGUUUUCGAGCACGCUACUGCUUUCGGCAUCGCUGACGAGAACAUCGCAGCCGACAUCGGCAUCGUGCGCGGUCUUGAUUACUAUACCGGAACGAUAUACGAAACACGUCUUGACGACCAUCCGCAACUGGGAAGCAUCUGCUCCGGCGGUCGUUACGACGACCUCGCCAGCUAUUUCAUCCGCAAGACGAUGCCGGGCGUCGGUAUAUCCAUCGGUUUUACUCGGCUGUUCUCACAGUUGUUGCAGGCGGGCAUCGUCAAGCCGGGAAGCGCCUCUGCCGCACAGGUCCUCGUAACUGUGCCCGACGAAAGCCUGAUGAGCAACGCGAUCGAAGUAGCCAGCUCGUUGCGGGCAGCCGAUGUUAACACCGAGAUAUUCUUCGAGCAAGCGCGUCUCGGAAGGCAACUCAGGUACGCCUCGCGCAAGGGCUUCAGGUUCGCAAUCAUACCGCUGCCGGAGGACUUGGAAGUUGCGCGCAUCAAGUUGCGCGACAUGGAUGCCGGCGAGGAGCACACAGUUGCGAUGGAUGACUUGCCAGGCGAGAUCGCGCGUCACAUCUCAUAG